AUGGAAAGGGGCAGUCACGAACUUGGUAUUUGUCAAGUGUGGCUAAGAUUCAUAAGAGCGUCUAUCCACUCAUCCAUGACGGGCAGUAUUCUGAGGAGGUUAAGGUCACUAAGAGGAGAUUUUGAUGCCAACAUUUACACUGAUGAAGAAUUGUUAACAACUUCAGCUAUUGCAGCAAAAGAAAAGAUCAGAAUGGUGGGCAUGGAAAUGCGAAUGGGGACAGAGACGACUAGCGCCCAGUUGUACAGAAGUGGAAUAAAGAUAUUAGUUGAACACAUUAUAGCGGAUGAAGAUGGAGGCGUCUGGCUAGAAGGAUCAAUGGAUAAAGACCAAGUAAAUCUGACAUAG